AUGAAGGCUUCCGUCGCUACUUCUAUCUUGGUGUUUGCCGCCGCCGCCACUGCUGGCCCCGCCGAAUCCUCCCCUCUGAACUUCUUCAGUCUUUCCAAGCGUGCUACGCUUCCUAUUCCUGCCUCUAAGGGUACCGAGACUUUCACUGCACCUAAGGAGAUCACUGGAGUAUUUGACGGUGGUCUCAAGACCUAUGGCCGCGGUGUUAGCUGUACCGGCCAGUCUGAGGGUGGCGACAAGGACGCCGUCUUUAUCCUUAAGAACGGCGCCACACUCAAGAAUGCUAUCAUCGGCAAGGAUCAGAUUGAAGGUGUUCAUUGCGAGGGCGCUUGCACCAUCGAGAACGUUUGGUGGGCUAAAGUCUGCGAGGAUGCUCUUACCAUCAAGGGCGAUGGUGCCGCCACCGUAACUGGAGGUGGCGCAACCGGAGCUGACGACAAAGUCGUCCAACACAAUGGCGCCGGAACCGUCACCAUCGAUGGCUUCACAGUCGACACCUUUGGCAAGCUGUACCGCGCCUGUGGUAACUGCAAGAAGAGUGCUGAGCGUCACGUCAUCAUCAAGAACGUCAAAGCGAGCAACGGCAAGCUUCUCGCAGGAAUCAACACAAACUUUGGUGACUCGGCCAAAAUCGACUCCACUACCUGCGCCACCAGCGUCAAGCAGAUCUGCGAGGAGUUUGAGGGUACCACUCCUGGUAAAGAGCCCAAGUCUACCCACACUGGUCCUUCCACCGCUUGCGCCUUCACCGCCCCUCUCCGUGCUUGCUAA